AUGUCGGACGCCAAUCUCAACGUGCUCAUCACCACCUUCGCUGGCCUCGGCCUCCCGCGUACGCUAUCUCUACCCUCCCACAACACUACCCGCAUCUGCGACGUGGUUGACACCCUCUACACUCGACUCCCAACUCUCAACCACCGCCUCUGCCUCACGACCACCACAAACCGCUCACUUCACGCCGACGACAACACCCCGCUCUCCAGCCUACUCUCCAAUGAUGAUGAUACCCUCCUCUCCCUGCGCCUAAGCGCACCCAUCCUCGGCGGCAAAGGCGGUUUCGGCUCCCAGCUACGCGCCGCUGGCGGGCGCAUGAGCAGCCGCAAAAAGCGCAACCAAGCCGACGAAAGACAAAACAGCUCGAACCGCAACCUCGACGGCCGCAGGCUACGAACCAUCGAUGCGGCGAAAAAACUGGCAGAGCACCUGGCCAAGAAACCCGGGAUGGACGCAAAGGAGAAGGAAGACCGACGGAAGAAGUGGGAGACGGUGGUGGAGGUGGCAAACAAACGAGAAGAGGAGAUUAAGAGUGGGAAGUUGGGGGCGGGCGGUGGGCGCUUGGACGCGGAGUAUGUGGAGGGGAAGGAGCAGGCGGAGGAUAAGACGAGGGAGGCGGUGAUGAAGGCUAUGAGAGAGGGGAUGCUGCAGAGUGAGAGGACGGGGUCGGAGAGCUCGGUGGAGGAUGUGGAGGAGGAGAGUGAGGGGGAAUCGUCGGAGGAUGAUGACGAUGACGAGGAUGAAUGGCGGUAG